AUGACCAAAAACGUACAGUUGGAGGACGUUGAACUAAAGCACAACGGAUCAAGAUCAAUGGAUUCUGCUGUGGUUCAUCGGUCCUGUCUGGUUCUUACAUUGCGUAUGUCGUCGAAGAGUGACAGUCUGCCUACGGAGAAGAUUGUUGACACGGAUCCACAAAGUUCAAAUUUAUUAGAAGUUAAUAAAUGCGAAGAUAAAGCAAUCGAAGGCUCGAUUAUUGAACCAAGUUGUGAAGGUAUUCGAGAACGAGUUGAAUUACUUGGAGAUUUGCUGAAGAUUGACAAAUUGAAUUCAAUAUCUGAUGUUUAUGACGAAAUGGCGCAGAUUCUUGCAAAUAUCGAACGAAAUCAACGUUUACAAGUAGGCCCAGAUGGAGAAUGUCUUCUACAAUUGGCAACUGCAGCAAAAAGUAAUCGAAAUAUUGAUUUGUAUAAUUUUGACAAUGAGAUUCAACGCCAAUUCGGACUUUAUUCCGUUGAAGUCAUCGGUGAUGGUUCAUGUGCAUUUCGUGCUAUUCUUAUAUCGGGUAUGAAAAAGCCAGAUCGGUCCUAUAAAGAAUUACGUGAACAAGCUAUCCAACAAGUUUUACAGAACGUACUCUACUAUUCAACUGUUUUACGUCCUGGAGAAACAGCUAGUGAGAAAGAGAUUGAAGCUUGGGCGACCUCUAUGGCUGACCCAUACACAUAUGCAGAUGAGUUAGCCAAUAUUGCUCUGGCAGAUCGAUAUCAUGUCCAAUUGGUAAUUUUUCGUGCUGGGGAGUUACUGACAGUUAUUAAUCCACGUGAUGAACAUGUAGAAUGUACAGCAUUUCUUGUCAAUGUUGGAACACAUUACAAAGCGCUCGUAUCUCGAAACGAACUCGACGAUGCGCAGAGAAAUUCCGAACGCCUUCAUAAGUCAAGCGAAUAA